AUGGGGGAUUAUAAUGCUGUCCUACAUGCACAAGACAGACAACAUGGUUCUGAGAUUCAAGAUAUGGAGACAAAAGAUUUUAAGGAGUAUAUGAAUGAUACUGGGAUGAAUGAAUUACAAUAUGUGGGAAAAAAUUACACAUGGACUAACAACCAUACUUACAACAGGAUAGACAGGGGGCUUGUGAAUGCUAACUGGAUGAUGACAAUGCCAAAUUUGAAAGUGCAGGUGCUAGAGCCACUUGUGUCUGAUCACUCACCACUGAAAUUAAUGAUCACACAGGUACAGGGAAAGAAGAACAAAUUAUUCAGAUUUUUCAACUGUAUAGCUGAUCAUCCCCAAUUCAUACAGCAAGUUGAGCUAGCUUGGAAAGAAAGGGGUGCAAAAGGGACGAUGCAGGCAGGCUGGAAUAACCUCAAAAAGACAAUGAAGGUUAUCAAAGGGAUAAACAUACAACACAAUAAAGGGGUUGAUAAAAGGAUUAAAGAGACCAGGAAGGAGUUGCAGUCAGUACAAGAGAAAAUGAGUUGUAGACUACAAAAGAUAGAGUUAAUUGAGAAGGAGAAAGCCUUGAAGUGUGAAUUAGAAAAAUGGGUAAUGAUUGAAGAGAGUAUAUACUAG